AUGAACAAAUAUUAUAUUGAUGAAGAAUGCAGUUUUAAUAACCUUAUUCCAGAAAUUAAUAGGGUAUUAUUAGAGUCAUUCAAAGCAGUAGUCCUGAUGCUUCACAAAGAAAACAUAGAUGACCCUUUUGUAAACUUUCUGUUUCCUCAUAACAAAUCAGCAGGGGACGAUGACAUAAAACAAGGCAUGAACUAUAGCAAAAAACCAGUUGAUGUUAUGAAUGAAAAUAGUAACGAUAGCCCUAUAGAAGAGUUCCCAAAAGAAGAAAUUCCUGUAGAAGAACUUCCCAAAGAAAAUAGCGAAGUACCAAUAAAAGAUGAUAGCAAGGUCCCUUCCGAUAGAACAGAUAAUAAAAAAGAAGGUGAUGAGGGAGUAGAAGAUAUUUCUGAUGAGAAUGCAAUGAAAAGUUCACAUAAACUAGGAGAUAAAUUUUAUCAUUAUGAAUUCCACAACCAUGAAGAUGCAAUUUCACGAUUUAAUAACCUAAGUUUUGUUAAAGAUUUUAAUGAUAACAAUCGACUUGCUGUUUACAUCUACAUAAAAGAUAGCAACAGUAUCUAUGGUGGAAUUAUUCAGGGUGAAAAGUCAACACUAUUCUGUAAAGAAAAUGGUAUGAAAUUACAAGUGAUUGAAUCAAAGGGAAAGAUAAUGAAAGGAUUUAUUAAUGUAUUUAAAUAUGAUGUUAGUGAUGACAGAGAUAUAAUCUUUAAAUUUAAUGAAGCGUUUGGAGUUGCUAAAACUAAAGGAACAAAUGAAUUACAUCUUCAUUUUGAAAAGAGUAGUGAUUGUUAUGAGGGUUAUGCAACAUUCCCAAAACUUGAAGACCAAAAUACAAUUGAAAGAAUUACAGCAUAUAAUUUAGAAUUUUUUAUUUACCUUUCAUUUAAUAAUAAAGUAUAA